CGCAUAUCUGGAAUAGUAUAAAUAAUGUCAUUUUUUCAAGAAGCGGCAGCACUUCUAUUUCAGUUCCAAAAACCCUUUGGCCAGUAUGGGCGUCCCAGCUAUUCCUCGAUUGGAGGAUUAUGGUUUGUCCACCUCCUACGGCUUCCUCGGCCUUUCUGGUCGUUCUUCUCUAAGCGCUGAGUAUAAGCAGUGGGAAGACAUUUUAUCCCAGUUACCACAGUUAAUAGCGAAUGGUGAGAUUGCAAACGCCGUUGCCUGCCUCCCGCUUCUCGAUGCAUCGCAGCUGUCGGCCGCUGCUGACUUACAGCACGCCUAUGUUUGCUUGGCGUUUAUCAUCCACGGCCAUGUCUGGGGCAUACAUGCGGCAUCCACAAAACAAGGGACACCUCAAAUACCACCGCAGCUCUCGGAACCCUUUUUGGAAGUAUGCAAACGCAUUGGAACAGAGCCAGUGCUGAGUUACAGUGGAUUGUGCCUGUGGAACUGGAGGUCUACCAAGGACAGGCAAAAUUGCCCUGUACCUUUAUCUCUAGACCAUCUGGAGACGUUUGGCUCGUUCACAGGUACAAUUGGCGAAGCAGCAUUCUAUCUUGUACCUGUGUUGAUCGAGGCCGAAGGUGCCCACUUGAUUCAGCUACUGUUACAGGCAGUUCGGGCAGCUUCCAGUGGAGACUUCGACUACGUGAAGGCAGCUCUCGAGGAGACAACAGCCACAUUAGACAGGAUGUCACAACAUCUUCCCAAGCUAUACCCGCUUCUGGAUGCAAAAAUGUUCUACCAUGAGCUUCGGCCGUUUUUCUCAGGUGGGCAGGGCGCAGAAGACAAAGGGUUGCCUCGGGGAAUGGUCUUUCAAAGGAGUGAUGGGUCUGAACUGGACGUUAAGUGCAUUGGUGGGAGCGCGGCUCAAAGCAGCUUGUUUCCAUUUUUGGAUGCUGUUCUCGGUGUAUCCCACGGCAACUCCUCCAAAGGCUCCGUCUUCCAGGAAAUGCGACGGUACAUGCCAGAACAUCAUAGGCGCUUCCUCCAGCAAGUUGAAGCCCUUCCUUCUAUACGAUCUUUUGUGGCAGCCCACCCUUUAGAAGCCGAGCUACUCGACACAUUCAAUGGUUGUUUAGACAAGCUACGGUCAUGGCGCGGAAAACAUAUGGCUGUGGUUUCAAAAUAUAUCGUGCAGCCCGCUCGUGCCAUGGCUAAUGAAUCUGGUGGAGAGACUGAGUUGCAGGGAACAGCUGGGUCAUCCCUGAUAUCAUUUCUGCGACAGUCCCGAGACGAAACUAUAGGAAUCACGAAAAACCUAUAGAUUCUUUGAAACAUAGUCUUUAUUACAUAUUUUUUGACUUUUUAGAGCUAUAAAGCUGUUGGUAUUGAGACACACGUAUUGCGCCCGCAGUAUCUUAUUGGGUGCCUAUCAUCGGAGUGUAAACAUCACAGUGGGGAGCAUAGAUGAAUUGAGUUAACUAGAGGACCGUUUUUAGGAGUAUAUGUUUGUAAACCGUAUUCCAAUACGACGAUAGCACGCCAGAGGCCCAAA